AUGGAAGACCAUGCUUUGCUUAAUGAGUGCUUCACGCGGUACAUAGAGAUUAAGAAUAAAACAGAUGAGAGGCGCAGAGAACUACAUGGGCUACAGCAGAGAAGAGAUGCACUAUUAGACCUCCUUGUUUUUAUAAAAGGGCAAAGACCGUUAAAAUAUACAGAAUUUGAAACAGAAAGUACAUUUCCAAUUGUUCUAGGAAAGGCGCAUUCCAAGUUCAGCCUUACUUCAAUUGGGAUACUUCCUCCAGAGGAGUAUACUUCAUUCUAUAAUGCGAUGUACAUAUAUCCGAUAGGAUACAAAAUAAAAAGAAAAUAUGCCUCGCCAGAGGGAGGUGACCAGAAAUUAACUUAUUUCUGCCAAGUGCGGUCAGUGAAUGGAGAAUGCAUAUUUGAAAUCCGUGCAACCGGAGGAAAGCACUGGGCAGGGCCAAGAGACCAGAUCUGGGAUAACUUCAGCAGUGAGUUUCAGAAGAUGUCAUUCUCAAGUCUUGAGGAGUUCUUCGGCCUUACAAAUGAAACCACCGUUAAGCUAAUUGAAGAAAUGGGAGAUAUUUCUAUUUUCUCCACAUAUGUUCCCAUGAAAAUGCGCACAAGAAAAGUAAAGAAGACAAAAAAGGAUGAGAACUAAGUUAUGCCACAGAUUCAGAUAAUCAAAGACAAACACACUUUCUGUUAUAAACCGGUAGGAUACUCUCUAUACCCCAAA